GAACCAGUACAAAAACCCCAUGAAGGUCCAGGAGAAAUGGGGAAGCCUGUUGUCAUUCCUAAAGAGGAUCAAGAAAAAAUGAAAGAAAUGUUUAAAAUAAAUCAGUUUAAUUUAAUGGCAAGCGAAAUGAUUGCACUGAACAGAUCUUUACCUGAUGUCAGGUUAGAAGGGUGUAAAACAAAGGUAUAUCUGGACAACCUUCCUACUACAAGUGUUGUUAUUGUGUUUCACAAUGAAGCCUGGAGCACACUGUUACGAACUGUUCAUAGUGUGAUAAACCGGUCACCACGGCACAUGCUGGAAGAAAUCGUACUUGUAGAUGAUGCCAGUGAAAGAGAUUUCUUGAAGAGACCACUGGAAAAUUACGUGAAAAAGUUAAAAGUUCCAGUUCAUGUGAUUCGAAUGGAGCAGCGUUCUGGAUUGAUCAGAGCCAGAUUAAAGGGGGCUGCUGUUUCCAAAGGCCAAGUUAUUACCUUCUUAGAUGCUCACUGUGAAUGUACUGUAGGAUGGCUUGAACCUCUCUUGGCACGGAUUAAAGCUGACCGGAGAACUGUAGUGUGUCCCAUCAUUGAUGUAAUUAGUGAUGACACCUUUGAAUAUAUGGCGGGCUCUGAUAUGACCUAUGGUGGGUUCAACUGGAAAUUGAAUUUCCGCUGGUAUCCUGUUCCUCAGAGAGAGAUGGACCGAAGGAAAGGUGAUCGGACCCUUCCUGUCAGGACACCAACAAUGGCAGGAGGCCUUUUUUCAAUAGACAGGGAUUACUUCCAAGAAAUUGGAACAUAUGAUGCUGGAAUGGACAUUUGGGGUGGAGAGAAUCUAGAAAUUUCCUUCAGGAUUUGGCAGUGUGGGGGCACUUUGGAAAUUGUAACCUGCUCACAUGUUGGACAUGUAUUCCGAAAAGCCACUCCUUAUACUUUUCCAGGAGGCACAGGGCAGAUUAUUAACAAAAAUAAUAGGCGGCUUGCAGAAGUCUGGAUGGAUGAGUUCAAGAAUUUCUUUUACAUAAUUUCCCCGGGUGUUACAAAAGUUGAUUAUGGAGACAUAUCAUCACGACUUGGGCUAAGACGCAAACUUCAGUGCAAGCCUUUUUCUUGGUACCUAGAGAAUGUUUAUCCUGAUUCCCAAAUUCCACGCCAUUAUUUCUCUUUGGGAGAGAUAAGAAAUGUGGAGACAAAUCAAUGCCUGGAUAACAUGGCAAGAAAGGAAAAUGAAAAAGUUGGAAUUUUUAACUGUCAUGGAAUGGGUGGCAAUCAGGUUUUCUCAUAUACAGCCAACAAAGAAAUUCGAACAGAUGAUUUAUGUUUGGAUGUCUCCAAACUUAAUGGUCCAGUAACAAUGCUCAAGUGCCACCAUCUAAAAGGCAAUCAGCUUUGGGAAUAUGAUCCAGUGAAAUUAACCCUGUUGCAUGUGAACAGUAACCAGUGCCUAGACAAAGCCACUGAAGAAGACAGCCAGGUACCCAGCAUUAGAGACUGCAAUGGCAGCCGCUCACAGCAGUGGCUUCUUCGCAACGUUACGCUUCCGGAAAUAUUCUGAGAGGUUUUAAAAAGAAGAAUAAGAUUGACUGGGCUACCUCGGCAAAUAUUCUGGCUACGUCCUCAAGUAGCGGAAAAAGGGGGAGAUUUCUGUUCUGCAGGAUGCAAGGUUCAUCAACUGUUAGAACUUCAGCUUCUGUAGCUUUUCAGUUGCUGUGAACCAGCCUUUCCUGUGUAAGAACACAAAACAACCAUGCAUACUAGUGAAACUGCUCCCGCUGAUGUUUACAAUAUUUGAAAAAGUUUCUUCCAUCAGCGAAUCAUUCUAGAGAAUGUUUAGACAAUGGAAACAUAAUCAGUGCUCUCUGGAGAUUUGCAUAUCGUUGUAGUUUGCUUGCACAUCAGUAACCUUUGCUGAAAGUGCUGUUGUAAUGAAGAGAUUUCCAAGCAUUUUUUCUCCUGGUUAGUACUGGUAACCAGCCUAUCAAAUAUAGAUUAAGAAAAGAAAGUAAACGGAACAGAGAGCUGGACAUCAGAUUCACUAUCACGAAAUAAGAUUUUUACAAUCAGAAACAUGUAAAACAGGGUUUAAUGGAAACUAAAUCAGAACUAUGAAAAGUACAAUUUCUUAUAGUAAAGUAUCAAAUUUAUAUGUAGAUUUUAUACCUCAGUGGGGGCAAAAAUAACAAAGUCAAAUGACAAUUCUUUCUCUUUUCAGUUAUGUGACAGUCCAUGGAUAUUUUUUCCCGGUGGGUCUGAAAUUAUUUUGGGUGCAGGCAAAAUGAACUUAAAUAAAUUUGGUUCUUUGAACGUUGGUUCAGUUUUUUCACUUUUUAUUUUGUUUUGUGGGCUCUUGGAAUUGUAAUGUAUCUUUAUAUUACUGUCUGAAAACUGGAGGUUUAACAUGCUGUCUAACUGUUUUGUCCAGACCUGCCACUUCAGUUGUACUUGGAUCAGUCAGCUUGUGGACUUUCAUGCCCAAACAAGAUUUUUUAGUGCAUUUUGAACUCCUUAAGUUAACUUUGCUGAUUCUGCUUAGUGUCCAAGAUUCAUACUACUGUACUACAGAUUUGUUUUCACAGCAAUAAAUCUUUUGGGUUAUUUUGUUUAAUUCCAA